AUGCAUGUGUAUCUAUUAAAGAGGGGAAAAAGUGAACGGUUUUUAACAGCACUGCUGAAAAGCAGAUUGGUAUGUAUAUAUUAGAUGUAUAUUACACAGGAAAACAUGGCAUUCAGGAGAAUGAAAUGAAAUGAGCCAGAAACUUCUCACAUUUUCCUGGCAUCUGUGGAGUGUCGCCAUAUGAGAACCAUAUGACUGCUGGCAGAUUGGCAUGUCAGCUCAAGCAUGUACAACUUGACCUCACUGAGCUCUGUGUUUGUCAGUUUAUAACAGGAAUAUUGAUACAAUUUUAACUGCAGUCUUUCUACACAAGAACUCUUUUAUCCCUUUCCCAGUCUUCAGUCUCCUCUUUUCAGAGACUAGCGCCCUAUUUUUCAUUCAUUGUCAAGGACUAUAGAAGAUUGUAUAAAAUGACUGUAUUUAGUAAAAAUGUGUCUAAAAUCAUGAAUAAGAUUAAGAAUGCAAUCAUAUCCAUGUUCACUCAGUAGUCUGCCUAAUUAUAUUCAAUGGGGCUUCUUAGUCUUUAGGGCAGUGAUGGGAUGCUGUAGCCUUCCAGAUGUUGCCAGGCUUCAGCUCGCAGCCAGCAUGGCCAAUGGUCUAGAAUGAUGGGAGAGGCAGUCCAAUAACCUCUGGAGGGCCACAGGCUCCCAUUCCCUUAUUUGGGGGUAGGUUGGUGAACUGACUUGAAAUAUAUUUGAGCUUGGCAUUCAUAGUUAUAUGACUGAGGAUUAAGGACACGGUAUGCAUUAAAAUUGUUUUGGUCAGUUAUUAAAGGCUUUGUUUGUUCCAUUAUUUGUAAUUUUUUGUUUCACAUUUUCAUAAUUGUUUCAGUUUUAGUUAUUUGUUUUUGUUUUACAUUGCUUUCAGUUGGAAACCCAGCCAGUGUUCUGAUGCCUGUAAUUCUAAUUUCCAUUCAAAUUGUGUGCAAAUAUCACACGUUCUACUAAUUCUUCAAGGAAUAAGACCUGCCAAUUUCCAGACAGAUAGGACAAAGGAUCUCUAUUUUAUAGACAAUUUACACAUCCUUUAAGAUCCCCUAUUGAUUUCUAUGGGAGAUUCGGUGGAUCUUCUGUUACUUAUAACUUCUGGAUUUUACAUCCCGUUGGCACAAACUUUUCCAUCUUUCUACUAACAUCUUUCUACUAAAAAUGAGGCCGACCACAUUUUUUAAAAAAUCAAACCAAUGUUGAAAGGUGCAUAGACACAGCCUAAUUGCCUUCUCUUUUCCUAUAACCUUUCUGAAACAUUUAUACUAUACCCUGCAAAGGCUAUCCUAGCAGUGCUCCAAUGGAAACAAACAAAAAAUGAAGGGAUUUUCAUCUGGAACUCUGAGCUCAUUACGGAAAGGAAAGGGUAAAAUGUAAUAAACAAGUAACAUGACCCAGCUGAGAUUAAAGUUUUAUUUGUGAUGGUGUAUUUGCUCAGGCAGCUCACCCACUGAAUACACAAAACAGCUCUACAAGGACUGAGUUAGAAUGCUAACUGUUUGGGUGUGGCUGUAUGGAAAACUAAGGUGGAGGGAUGAAUAGAAUGGAAUGGGGUAUCAUGAAAAAGGGCAUAGCUGAGUGAUGGGAAUCCUGAAUGCCACAUUACAACAUUUUGCUGUAGGUCCCACUUGUAAAAAUGAUGGUGUGUUGCUUUGCACUUCUUUUGUACUUGCUGGUCUACAGUAAAGAAGCAAAUGAACUUGUGAUUCAAUGAGAGAACUAUAAAUCCCUUCAACUUUGGCUCUGACCCACUGAGAACAGAGUGCUUUUUAUUUUUCAUUUGUUUUGGCAGGUAAGAGUUGGAAAGCCAAUCUCAAAUCAUGCUAAACCCAAGCCUUUUUAAUUAUAUUGUCUGUAUAAUUCAUGCAGUAGAUGGACUUUCAAUAAAAUAGCAGUUGCAAUGCAUUUCAUGCGGAGCAAGAAUACAAAGCUAAGGCUCUCAGUUUCCUAUGUGAAUAUUUCUGCUGAAAGAGACCCUCAAAAAGUAGGUGAAAAGGGAAUGCCACAUUAAGCCUUAUUUCCCCUACCACUUCUUUCAGGAAAAUUGAUUUCUGAGUAGUUUUGUUGUUUAUUUGCUUUUAUAUUAAUAUAGAAAGGGGCAUCUUUAGAAACUGGAGUCCAGUUCUAUGGCAACAGCAGAGUCUCUAUGUUUUGAUUUCUAUGUUUGGGACCAGGGACUGGUUUUUGCUGAGGAAACACUUGGGUAUCUCCUCCUAGAACUGCCAGUUCCCUGGUCCUCCAGGACUGUUACCUUAGUUAAAAGUAAAAAUGCUUAUAAUUUUUUAAAAUUCUAGCUAAUUCUAAUUUUAAUUCUAAUUCAACCUAUCCAAAAAUGAACUUGUUCCAGUUCUAGCUAAUCCUUUUACAAAAUGAAUUAAUUCAGUUCAAGUUCAUCCUGGGACAUUUCCUCCAGCAUAUAGAAUGAAAUAAAUGAGGGCUUACACACAAGUAAUAGGAUGUCUGACAGAAUAUCAAUAGGUGAAGUUUUCCCCAUAAUUGCAUUUACACUCUAGAAAGGGCUUCCUUUGUUUAAUGUUUGUCAGCCACACUGCUAUUAAAUGCACAAUGCAUCAUUUGCUUUGUUCCAGUAUCUGAAUUCUGCAACCUGAUACUAUUGGAAGAGGGCAAAUCCUAUUCAGCAAAGAAGAUACAGGAAAUGCCUCACAUUCCUCCCUUUUGAUUGCUUAGCAACAGUGAUUAAGUGACUAAUCACCUUAGCAACUGUAGCACCUCCAAUCUGUGCAAUAAGCCUUAGAACAUUGCCUCCACAGUUUGCUUUCUAACUUUCUUUGCAGAAGCCCAAUUUACUUAUUUACUUAUUAUUUUAUUUUACGGAAAGCUAAAAGACCAGCUCUCCAACCCUCCUUCUAGGAUGGGUAUGAAAAUGAACUAGAAAUCUUUCAAAGUUCUACCCAAAACGAAUUUAAUUUACCUUUAGGUUACCAAGCAAUUAUGGGAACUACUUGCAGGCAUAGUUUAGAGGUGUUUGAAUUAGUUCAAUGCAGUUUGUUCAACUGAAGAAGUUCAUUCCAAGCACUGGGAAAUGCUACAGAGUUCACUGCAAAGCAAUUCUAAGCUCUGCCUGGUUGCAGUUGGGUGGAUUGACUGAUGCACCUGAAGUCUGUUGGCCUGUUCUGGCCAGAGCAGAAAGUGUUUUGCAUCAUGUUUUGCUAUUCCAGCUCCAGGCUGGGGGAUGGACCAGUUGACAUUUCUACAGGUCCCAUACAUUUCUAGCUGGUGGCACAUGAGGUUAGGAUUGCACUUACUUGAAGGUAAAUCUCAUUUAAUUCAGAUGGAUGAAAUUCCAAAUAAGGAUGCAUAAGAAUGAAUUCUUAUAGAGCUAUUAUUUGCUCUUUUACCUAGAAAUAAGAGUUAUUGAACACAAUGUGUCAUACUUCCAUGUAGUGCUUUUUGCCCCUAAAAAAAUAUUUAGGGGAUACUCUCGUUUUCCUAUUCAUAUUGAAAUACUGCCCCUCAAUGAGGCCAAACUUAGAUUCACAAAAUGUUUAGGGGUAUGUGUACCCCUGUGUCCCCCCAUAAAAAAGCACUGCUUUCAUCGCUCAAAAUUGCAGUGUUAGGAUUUCCACAGUUGACUGGGAUCCUCAACAGAACUUGAUUAAAUCACAGAUCCACCAGCACCCCCCGCUUCAUGCUGUCAGCGAACAGGAUGUUUGUUCGUUAACAAGGAUUUACUAUAAACAGUCAAAUGAAGUUUGCGCCUGGAUUUUCAUUUAUUAUCAAAAUACACUGAGGUAAGACACUUGAAAGGUGUCUUAAACAGAAGGAAAGAGAAGCCAUAUUGUAGCAUGUGGAUCAAUUUGAGGGAGAACAGCUUUCCAUCUUGAGAUGAAAUAAGGGUGGCAGAGGAGGGGGAGAAGAGUACCUCCUUUUUCCCAAACACACUAUGACAGAUUACAAGGCCUGCAGCUGGAGUUAAUCCAGAUUUCUGUUUAAUUAAAUAGUAGCAGUCAUUCUGCCAUAUUAUAUCAGAAUGCACAAAGGUGAUAUGAAGGUGAUAUGCGACAUAUACAUGCUCACCUCUUUAUUUUCAUUAGAAAGCAAAAAGGCUUUUGGUUCUAAAAUGUAAAAAAGAAGAAAACACAGUGUAUCCGUAACAUGAAUUUUUGUUUGCUCUAUCCUGAAGAUUUAAGACAGGUGACAAGACUGUCUCGACACGUGAAUGUGAUUUUAUAGGAUUGUUACUUAACAUUCUUAAAUGUGUUUCCUUGGAAGUGACUUCUUGUAGGCCACUUUAUAAACUACUGAAUGAAAAUUAAUGGAAGUAUUCAUCUUUCAUUCAUUAAUAGUUACAGUAUGUUAGGAUGUGUAAUGUGAAAAGCUGCUCUAACUAACUAAGCAAUUACAAUUACCUCUUGAACACUCAACUACUCAUUCUACCAUAUUCUGUAAGAGUAUUAAUUAUGCUCCCUCUCCCUUCUUGUUAGUCGCAUGGAAUGUGAAUUGGAUCUUGCAGAGCAACCUGGCCACUUACAGCAUGCUUUCAAGUGAUCCACAGCACCUUUCUGAGAUUUCGGACAUUGAACCUCUGACAUCUGCUGCACCAGGGCAUUGGAAGAAACAGUGA